AUGAAUGACAACAUUACCUUGAAUACCACCGAUUUACUCACUCACUGCGUGAUCUCCAAUUCGUCUCCGCUCCUACCCGUUUGUCAACUGUUGGCAUAUACGAUCCUUUUUAUCAUGUCCAUAUUUGGUAACAGCAUCCUCAUCGGGGCCAUCGUCAACUAUCCCCGGACACAGACGAUCAUGAAUUACUACAUCAUCAACAUGGCAGUCGCUGACCUGUUGACAACAGUGUUUGACAUGGCGGUACAGAUUUGGCAUUACGGUUUGUUGAUAGCAAAUAAGCCAUUUGAAUGGUUUAGCGGUGUUUUUGGAGAGUUCAUGUGCAAGUUUGUCGUGUUUAUCCAAGGAACAGCGCAAGCUUGUACCGUUCUCACUUUAACUGCCAUCGCCAUCAACAGAUUUCUUGCAGUGAUGUUUCCACUGCGUCGUGCGGCAAGCAAAACCAAAGUGGUUAUCAUUCUGCUGCUCAUUUGGGGAUCGUCCCUCGCUAUUGCGUCACCGAUGCUUUACACUAUGAGACUUCACGAAGGGCAAGGUGCCUUUUCUUGUAUUGAGAAUUGGGAGCCAUUUUUCGACAAUGCGUCAUCGCCGAGACAUUACACUCUGGCUCUAUUCAGUUUACUGUAUGUCGCACCUCUUCUGAUGAUAGCCAUUCUGUACUCGGUUAUUGCAUUUAAACUUUGGGUGAGAACAGUCCCAGGAAACGUCACAGCGCCAAACCAACUGCUUGAGCUUGAGACAAGAAGGAAAAUACUGAAGAUUUGUAUGACAGUGGUUUUUAUUUUUACACUUUGUUGGCUCCCCAAUUAUAUUUACCUUAUGAUUCAAUUUGUUCCUGAAAAUAACGGCAAAUGUUAUCCCCCAGAAUACGUAGCUUUCUUAGGGCUUUUUUUUGGUGACGCAAACAGCUCUAUUAACCCGUUUAUCUACAUCAUAUUUAACAGUGAAUACCAGAAGGGCAUGAAAAAAGUCCUCAAGCGCUGCUGCAUUCCUUGCAAGUCGAAUAAACUGCGUAUGUACUCUAGCAGAAUUACACUCAUCAGCUAUCCAUCCUUGCGGACCUUUAGGGAGCUAGAAUUAACACCUAUGAGACAAACUCUGCACCAAACCAACAGCGGAUUUAAGCAAGGGUUUAUCAUUUCUUGA